GCCAUUACGGAUUCCUUCGCGAAGACGCGUUACUGCGAGAGGCGAGAGUGCGAUAUUCCGACGAGUAUCCCGUAACGCGAGGGAACCAGGCGCCCCGUUGAGACCCAUCGAACGAGGAUUCGGAACACGUCGAACAUGGACCUGGACAGAUCGAGUAACGGCGAGUACAAGUAUCAGAGAGACGAGGAUGCCGACGAUAAACCCAGGUCGUUGGACGAGUCGGAGGAGAAGGACCACCAGAUCGACAAGGCCGGCGAGUACAUGCACGAGCUCCUGCAGGAGAAGGUCGAGCUGGAUGGCCAGAAAUGGCCCAACGCCAUCCGGUUGCUGGACCAAGAGAUUCAGAAAACGGAAACCAUGCGAAGACCAAUGAGAGAAUCGAAGUAUGUGGAUAUUUAUCGUGAAAAGCAUGUUCGCGUCUCUGUCAAAGUCCUGAUACCUAUUCGUGAACAUCCCAAGUUCAACUUCGUUGGGAAAUUGCUGGGUCCGAAAGGCAAUUCCAUGAAACGGCUGCAAGAAGAGACAAUGUGCAAGAUGGCAGUGUUAGGCAGAGGAUCGAUGAAAGACAAGCAGAAAGAAGAAGAACUUCGUGCUUCCUUGAAUUUGAAAUACGCCCAUCUUUCCGACGAUCUACACGUGGAGAUUACGGCUAUUGCCCCACCGGCAGAGGCUUACGCUCGCAUCGCUUUUGCGCUCGCCGAAGUACGGAAAUACUUAAUACCAGAUAACAAUGACAAUAUACGUCAAGAACAGAUGCGCGAGAUGGAGAUGAACAUGACUGACGACACUGUCUCGAAUGAUCGGAGAGGACCAUCGAUGAGAGGACCUUCCAAUCUUGGCGUUGGUAAUGUACCGAGGCCCGCUGCGAGACAGACCUUACCUAGAACGUCAAGAGCUAUUCUUCCUCCGCCGCCUGUGAAUCGUGGGCCGCCCACUCGACCUGCACCUAACAAAUCGAAGGUGUUCUCGAUCUUGGAUCGUGCAAGGGCUGCUAUGGAUCAAAGUUAUAACUAUGAUACUCAAACUCCUCCACCAGCGAACCGUGCUGGAUCGCAUCACGAUUAUGAAUAUCACGGAUCAUCAGGAGGUAAUAACGCUCGAUACAAUGAUCGUCAUUAUACUGGGUCGAAUUCUGGAUACACGACUUACGAGUACGAUGAUGACUCUGCGCCACAUUCUUCACGCGAUUAUUACGAAUCUUCGGACUAUCCAGAGGAGUCGUCGAGCCGCGCUUGGAAAUCUUACAAGACCACAACGACGUCAGGCGCAGCUUCGCGCUACCGCACCACCCCAUAUACACGACCUUCCAAUGUUGUUGCUAAUCCAUUGACGGCUAAUCUUCCUAAUGCCCGGCGGCCUAUGAUGCCCAAUAUGCAGAAACCAAUAAACGAAAGAAAUCGUCCUUAAUCGAUUGGCGACACGAAGGCUAAUACGAUUAUUUUUCGUGGCCACUGGAUAAACAGGAACAUAAAACUAAUCCAUAAUUAAAGUGCAUCCAAAAAUUUGCAUCAAAAUUUUCAGCCGAAAUUCCUAUUAAAUUCAAUAUUCGUGACCAUAAACGCGAUAUAUUAUAUAUUUAUCCCUUUGACAAUUCUACUCAACCCUUUGUAGUGUAAUUUUGAAGGUCCUGAGUGUUUUCUAUAAAAUUAUUAAUUUUGUUUCCUCAGUCCUAUUCCUAAAAUUUUCGACGACAGAUGGAUUUAAUCAUUGACAAGAAGUAAAGGACCAAGAGGAUGGAUGGAAUAAUUCAAAGUAAAAGACUCAAAAAAACUUUGAAUAAUGGAUUAAUAUUGCAUAAAGUGAAACUAAUAUUAAUAUUGAAAUUAAUAUUGAUAAAGUGAAAGUGACAUUAUCAGCUUCAUAUAAUCAUACACUUAAUGUUAUAUUUACAAGUUAAGUUUAAAUUAGAGGCUAAAGAAUUCUUACGGUCUUUUUUUUGUACUUAAUGUUUAUUAUGAUUUGAAAAGUAUGUAAAUGACACAUUAAAAAAUAGGAAAUUAAUGUUUAAUUUACUGAUUUGCGAUCAAAUUAUAUGUUUAUAUUCUUCAUUUGCAUGAACAAGAUAUAGCCGAAUAUACGUAUUGAAAUAUUUGAAAUAUCAAGAUAAAAUUGCAUUGUAAAUAGAACAAACUAAAUUAAUUUAAAGUACAUACAAUGCAAACUAAAAUUAUAAAUUGAUAUACAUGAAUUUAUUAUAAUAAUAUGAUACUAUAUUAUCUGCUUAACAUGCACAGCCUCUAUUGAUUAAAAUAAAAAUGCAUAAUGUAGAUUUACAAAACAUA